UUUGUUUAUUGUAUAAAUAAUAGCAGCUGCACAAACAAUGGAGAACGACGAUCGAUGAGAUGAUCGCGUCUGAUGGCUGGUGUAUGUGUUGGUGGGAAGAAUCACAUCCCCAGGACGUUAUAAAAUGAUGACAGAAUGUGAGAAGCUGUGAGUGGUGUGCGUAAUGAAUUUGCUUCGAUCAACCAACCGUCUGCCGUCGCUUGAUGUGAGAAACGUUCAAUCAGCAAUCAAAACAUUCACAAAGACGAUCGUUACGUACUGGGCCGAGUAAAACAAACGUGCUAAGUGCCUCGUGACUAAUAUAUAGAUAUUUGCACCCAGCUCCAUCCAGAAUAAGCAGUGUGUAUGUGCGUGUGUGCGUUGUGUAGGUGCAACUGUACAUGACUAACGCCGUUCCGAAAACCUAAUCCUUGGUGGGCAGAAAAUUGAAACACUACGUCUAGAUGUGUGAAAGCCGGGCCCGUUGGUGCUGAUUUGUAACACGGUUGGAGGGUGUUCAGUGGCGAUAGUGGUGAAAGAGGUGUUGGGUCGCUCGUGCUCUCGGAUACUGCACACAAACACACAAGCACACACAAAUGUGUGGCCGCGGUGUGAUCGUUGUUGGGCGACGCAUUUGCUCGUUUCGAAGCCCGUGGUGUUGUGUGUAAGCGCGGUAAGCCCUCGGCAGCAGUCCAGACGUUGUAGACGGACGACGCACCAGCAGCAGCAGCAGCAGCAGCAGCAGUCCAGCCAGUAAAGGUGUAAAGGCGUCAUGUCAGUCAUGCAUCGGAGAGUCUUUCUAAACGUUUGCUUCCUGCUAGUGCUUGGCUAUGAAAUCGAAGCCAGCUGGGAAGAAUGGUGGACAUACGAUGGAAUUUCAGGACCCGCCUUUUGGGGACUAAUCAACCCGCAGUGGAACAUGUGCAACAAAGGGCGUCGCCAGUCACCGAUUAACGUGGAACCGGAGAAGCUACUAUUUGAUCCAUACCUUCGAUCACUACACAUCGACAAGCACAAGAUAUCGGGCACGUUGCACAACACCGGCCAAUCGUUGGUCUUCCGGGUGGAGAAGGACACCAAACAGCAUGUAAAUAUUUCCAGCGGUCCGCUCGCCUACCGGUACCAGUUUGAGGAAAUCUACUUCCACUACGGUACGGACAACAAUCAGGGCUCGGAGCAUCACAUCCACGGGUACAGUUUUCCCGGUGAGAUUCAGCUGUACGGUUUCAACAAGGAGCUGUACCACAACAUGUCCGAGGCACAGCACAAGGCCCAGGGCAUCGUCGGCAUUUCGCUAAUGCUGCAGAUUGGCGAUACGCCUAAUCCGGAGCUGCGGAUAAUUACCAGCGCCUUCAAUAAAGUCCUGUACAAAGGAUCUUCCACGCCCAUCCGGCAUAUCUCGUUGCGUUCGCUGCUGCCGAACACGGAACAGUACAUGACGUACGAGGGUUCGACCACACAUCCCGGCUGCUGGGAAAGCACGGUUUGGAUUAUCCUCAAUAAGCCCAUCUACAUCACCAAGCAGGAGCUGUACGCGCUGCGAAAGUUGAUGCAGGGCUCGGAACAAACGCCCAAAGCACCGCUGGGCAAUAAUGCUCGGCCGCUCCAGGCAUUGCAUCACCGUACCGUGCGGACCAACAUCGACUUUGCCAACACGGGCGUAAGCAAGACGCAAAGCUGCCCAACGAUGUACAAAGACAUGUACUACAAGGCGAACCGAUGGACGUCCGAGAUAUCGGCCCGUGGCCGCGAACGAGGGCUUCCCGACAUCGAGAGCGUGUUUCAUUCGCUUCCAUAGUGGCACCAGGGUGCGCCGUUACGUGCAUCAACACUAGCAGCCACCGUACCAUCCCGACCACACCAUCAGCACCAGCGACAGCAGCAGUCCGUCGUCACGGUGGGUCCCGGCAUCGUCGGGAUGAUGGUUGCGGUAGACUGAAGUGCCGGCGGUCGUGAUGGGCUCCGGGCUUUUCUUCCGCUCCAAACACGUACGUACGUAUAGGUAAUCCUACUACUCCCUUCCCAUCAUUCCACUUGUUUGUACUACUGCUCCUCUUCACCUACACUUCCAAACAGCUAGGGCGAACAUGGGCCGGGGGGACAAACGGAGCAUUAAGCGGACUUAUUAAUUCGGCAAACGGAUUUGCAAAAGACAAAAUUUGAACCAUUGCCUAUAUAUACAACAAACCAACCAACCAAAACAAACGCAUAUACUUAUAACUAUAUAUAUACACACAUACAAAAUGCAUAUGAGUAUAGUAAAUGCCUACUUGAAUAGCGCGACAAGAAAACAAAUUAGAAUAACAUAAUUUGACUCAUCAUAAACAGCAGCUAGUAAGUGUAUCUUCCACAGAGGCGAAACAUACAGCGGUGUGCGUUGAUGUGUGUGUGUGUGCGCGCAUAAGUUAUGAAAAAAAAAACUAACGCACAUGGUAUUCCCACAUGGUCUUGCUAAUUGCUUCGAAAGCAGCCGUUAUUGUAAACUAAUAAAUUAAUUCUUAUGAGCGUGUCUACGGCGAUGGGGAUGCCAAAACCAUAAUCCAUAGCGAAUCCAUGGCGAAUGUGAAGAGAAGCGCACCCGCACACACACACACACGCACAUACACACCAGUAAUUAACACUCACUAGGAACUCAAUCAUUAAUGUACUGUUAUAGCAAACAACAAAACUAAGCAUUACAAAACAUCCACACAUGUCUCGAUUGGAUAUUGGAAGGAUAUAUAUAAAACGAUAGCGAACACUAGCAUGAAGAUUGGCGGAAAAGAAAACCAAACAUCCUAUCCGAGUUCUACUAACAGAUCGAAGCUGAUGCCGCAGAGAGCAAUAGAAAGAGAGAAAGAGGGGGAAACAGCUCGAUAAAGAUGGAGGAGAAAAAUGUUUUUCACGCCUUUUUCGAGGAGGAGUACUUGGCGAUGACUCAAGCAGGUAAAAGAAGAAAACCCCCAAACCUUAAAACAAAAAACAAACGCGAACGGAAAGAGUGAAGGGGAUGAUGCCUCUUUUGCAGUGGACAAUAAUUAUGAGCAAAACGGAAAAAAGAGGAAGAUGUUUGGGGGGUCGAGGCCGAGCGUGAAGAAGAAAGAGCACAGUUUUUUUUUUCUUCCAAAAAAUAAGAGUUUGGAAUAAAGAAAUAAGAUUUUCUGUGAGUGUGUGCUUACAACUAUCGCUUGCACUGUCUGUGUGGUGCAGAUUGCAUAACCGUUUAGAAGGGGUUCGUUCGCCAAGCAAAUAAAGCACAAGCCGAUUCCGAUUUUUAGUUUGUUUUUUUAUGCUUUCUUAACAAACGCGAGGCCGGGAUUCAAUACAAACAAGCCUUACGUACUUUUCCCACAACACGUACUAACCAACAACAAGAAAGCCACAAGAAUACAACGCUUAAAAUGAGACUACUUAUACUAUGCAAUCAGUAUUUAACUAUUUCUACUCCAACGCACACACACACACACAACCGCAUAAACAGCAGUCAACAAAAUCCACUACCAACUCCUUCGACCUUUUUCCCCCAUUCCCCCCCUUCAAAGGCCCAGCGUACCGUCGAUUGACGUACUGUCAAACUGUCAAUUGAAGCGGAUGCGCUCAAAGUUGUCAAAAAAACAAACCGCAGAGCGGUUAGUUGAGUUGGAGUUAGUUGAAUUGUGCUGUUUGAAAAGCGCUCCAAUUAAUUUGUUUGUGUCCGCGUGUGUGUGUGUAUGUAUAUAAAGAGAGCAACAAAAAACGGCAAGUGAACGAUAGGCACAAAACGAUUAGCAAUUAUAUAAAUAAAUGCCAAGGUGCGCACCACGUGGGAACACUGGAGGGACAAACAACCCUCCACCCCCACCCUCCCACCCAGAGCGAACGCAGCAGUAGAGACCCAACAUAAUGGAACAAUAAUACAAGCAUGGCCGGCAACUAGACAUACUACUCGAUACAGGCCCCACAUACUACCUUGGGUUACCCACUGUCAAUUCUGCAUGUAUAUAUACUCUAGAAGGAAAGCAAAAACCCUGUUCCCCGAUUACUCUUACUAUGUUCCAACUGGUUUCUCCACAUUUGUAUCCUGGCGCUCCAAAUAAAAAAAAAGAGGGGGGAAAAGCAAAGCGCCCGAGGUGAGGGAGGAUUCAAUAACCACAGCUACUACUACUACUACUACUACUACUCCUACUAAUUGCUACUGCAGCCGCUGCUAACGAUCACUAGAGAAGCGAUCAAUAUUCAUUACCAUGAAGCAGUAUUACUACCCCUGAAGAGUCUAGCAGCUCGGGUGGGCUGCCGACGUGUCCAACGAAUUCUCUGUCGCUGCCGGGUGGCGGCUCGUUUAAAAAAGGGGAAGCGAGAUAAGAAUAUUUUAAGUAAUCAUUUUAUUUAAUUUUGUAAAGAGUUGAAGGCAUUGUCUUCUAGAUUAAUUGUUAAUUUUGUUUGCCUGAAGAAAAGCAGCACCGCGAAUUACUGUUAAAAAUUGCAAAGUGCUUAAAAAGACCAGGUGCGUCGUAUUGAUUUGAAACGUAAUGCGGAUUUGCAUACAAUAAGGCGGAUUGUGUUUGGUGAGAGGGUUUCCAUCCAUAUAAUUGACAACUGGUAACUCGUACACGGUGGGAAUGAUUUCGAAUGGCAAGUGGCUGUAUUGCAAGCCUUUAUUUGAAGCCUUUGCAAUCAUAAAAGGGAAUCGUACAGGCAGCUAGGGGUGAAUAUUUGGAAAAGGCGUCUGUCAAGCUUAUCGAUUGAAAGCAGGAGAAUUUAAUUUUCUUACUCAUAAUCGCCUUCCAACCAUUCCAGUUUUCUCUUUUAAAACUGUAUCUUAUAACAUUUUGAAACAGUAACAGAUUACUACUUCUUUGUUGCAAUAGCUCGCAGGAAAAGAUUCGAAGAGUGUGGUUGCAUAUUUUUAUAGCAAAAUGUCUCUUUAACAGAAUUGAAUAAAAGACUCACACAGAAAAUUGCGCACAAGAAAGCAAAAAUGAUUGCAACAUUCUCUUAUAUGAUUGCAAAUUGCAAUAACGAGCUUGCAAUAUUCCACUAUCCAUUUGAAACAUUCUUCUAAGUGACCCUCUAACAGCUCUAUGUCUCCGUUCAAACAGGGGUUUGUUCACAUUUUAAUAUUGUUCCAUGUUGACAUACGUUUCCUACCUACGUAUCCACGAGUGCUUCCAGAGGGAAACAAACUGAAGAGCUUUUCCUAACCAAAGGGGCAUCAAAUCGGUUCGGUAAAAUCUUCCAAGAAUGUGCGCGAGACAAGCGAAGCAAACACGAGAACGAAUGCUCCGUUAAUAUAAAUAAAUGCUUCUGUUUCAAACCACUAGCCCGGCCAUCUACACUAGAGCGCGCGUAGUGGUCUAGCAGAGACCCGUCUAGAGACGGAACAUGUUUUGGCUGCUGCAUCGAACACACACACACAAACAUACAGCUUUAUAUAGCCUGCCCACAACUGCUGGGAAAGAGAACGAAGAGUAACGAUAGUGGGCAAAUCUUAAGCAAAAAAAAGGAAAACCCCUUUAAUACUCCCCCCCAGGUAACAAAUGCGUAAUCGAAACACACACUUACUCCUGGUAUUAACCACCCUCAAAAAAAACGAAUUGUACUUUAACAAACACAACCCCUUAAAAAACUGAACGCAUAGCGAACACACAACACGCAUCCUACUCCAAAAACAAACAAACAAACAGAAGCAAGCAAAAAGAAACAUUCAGGUUUACUACAUAGAAACAGAAAUCACCUAGCGGGGGGGCCUGAUGUAAGAGAGAAUAGAAGAAAAUGAUUGUAAAAGCCGCAAGCAAGUGAGGUGAACCCGCCACCAAAUGAUUUCAAGCGGGUUACGAGCAUGAUACAAGAGAAAAUACAAGCAAGUAUCCGUGCGGUCGCUGCGGUGUCAGCGGAAUACUCCAAAAAACAAA